GCGCCUGGGUCGGCUCGCCGGGCUCCGAGAGUGGCCGGCUCCGGGCUGCGAGGGCCGGCGGCGGCCGAGGGAUGCGCCGCUCCCGGCCGAGCCGAUCCCACCGCUCCAGGUGAGACGGCUCCAGGGGCGCAGAGAGCCGCGGCCAUGGGAACCCUGGGCAAGGCGAGAGAGGCUCCGCGGAAACCUUGCCAUGGCUCCAGAGCUGGCCCCAAAGGAAGACUAGAGGCCAAAUCAACCAACAGUCCUCUCCCUGCCCAGCCCAGCUUGGCCCAGAUCACCCAGUUCCGAAUGAUGGUGUCCCUGGGACAUCUGGCCAAAGGAGCCAGCCUGGAUGAUCUUAUUGACAGCUGCAUUCAAUCUUUCGAUGCAGAUGGAAACCUGUGUCGAAGUAACCAGCUGUUACAAGUCAUGCUAACCAUGCACCGAAUCAUCAUCUCCUCGGCUGAGCUGCUGCAAAAACUCAUGAAUCUAUAUAAGGACGCCCUGGAAAAGAAUUCUCCAGGAAUUUGCUUGAAGAUCUGCUAUUUUGUCAGGUAUUGGAUAACAGAAUUCUGGAUCAUGUUCAAAAUGGAUGCCAGCUUGACCAGCACCAUGGAAGAGUUUCAGGACCUGGUGAAAGCCAAUGGUGAGGAGUCCCACUGCCACCUCAUCGACACGACACAAAUUAAUUCUCGAGACUGGUCCAGGAAACUGACUCAGAGGAUAAAAUCAAAUACCAGCAAGAAGCGGAAAGUGUCCCUGCUGUUUGACCAUCUUGAACCUGAAGAACUGUCUGAACACCUCACCUACCUUGAGUUCAAGUCCUUCCGACGGAUAUCUUUCUCUGAUUAUCAGAAUUACCUUGUAAACAGCUGCGUAAAGGAGAACCCCACCAUGGAGCGGUCCAUUGCCCUGUGCAAUGGCAUCUCCCAGUGGGUACAACUGAUGGUUCUCAGCCGUCCCACCCCACAGCUCCGGGCAGAGGUCUUCAUCAAGUUCAUCCAUGUGGCUCAGAAGCUCCACCAGCUACAGAACUUCAACACGCUAAUGGCUGUGAUCGGGGGACUGUGUCACAGCUCCAUCUCCAGGCUCAAGGAGACAAGUUCACAUGUCCCACAUGAGAUCAAUAAGGUUCUGGGUGAGAUGACUGAACUGCUGUCCUCCUGCAGAAACUAUGACAACUACAGGCGAGCCUAUGGUGAGUGCACCCACUUCAAAAUCCCCAUACUGGGUGUGCACCUCAAGGACCUCAUAUCCCUAUAUGAAGCCAUGCCUGACUACCUGGAAGACGGGAAGGUGAAUGUCCAAAAGCUCCUGGCCCUUUACAAUCACAUCAAUGAGUUGGUCCAGCUGCAGGACGUGGCCCCACCAUUGGAUGCCAACAAGGACCUGGUGCACCUGCUGACGUUAUCCCUGGAUCUAUACUACACCGAAGAUGAAAUCUAUGAGCUUUCCUACGCCCGUGAACCAAGGAACCACAGGGCCCCGCCACUGACACCUUCGAAGCCACCAGUUGUAGUGGACUGGGCCUCUGGAGUGUCUCCCAAACCUGACCCGAAGACCAUCAGCAAACACGUCCAAAGGAUGGUGGAUUCUGUCUUUAAGAACUAUGAUCUCGACCAGGAUGGAUAUAUCUCUCAGGAGGAGUUUGAAAAGAUUGCUGCGAGCUUUCCAUUUUCCUUCUGUGUGAUGGACAAAGAUAGGGAGGGCCUCAUCAGCAGAGACGAGAUCACAGCCUACUUCAUGAGGGCCAGCUCCAUCUAUUCCAAGCUGGGCCUAGGCUUUCCACACAACUUUCAAGAGACCACUUACCUGAAGCCCACCUUCUGUGACAACUGUGCUGGCUUUCUCUGGGGUGUGAUCAAGCAAGGCUAUCGCUGUAAAGACUGUGGGAUGAACUGCCACAAACAGUGCAAAGACCUGGUAGUGUUUGAGUGCAAGAAACGAUCCAAGAGCCCGGCGGUAUCCACAGAAAACAUCAGCUCUGUGGUGCCAAUGUCCACUCUUUGUCCACUGGGAACCAAAGAUCUGCUCCAUGCACCCGAAGAAGGAUCUUUCAUUUUCCAGAAUGGAGAGGUUGUGGACCACAGUGAGGAGAGCAAGGAUAGGACCAUCAUGCUCUUGGGCGUAUCCUCACAGAAAAUUUCAGUUCGGCUGAAGAGGACUGUUGCCCACAAGACCACCCAGACAGAAUCAUUUCCUUGGGUUGGCGGCGAGAUGCCCCCUGGUCACUUUGUGCUGACUUCUCCAAGAAAGUCAGCACAAGGUGCUCUUUAUGUGCACAGUCCAGCAUCUCCGUGCCCCAGCCCAGCACUGGUCCGGAAGCGGGCAUUCGUCAAGUGGGAGAACAAAGAGUCCCUUAUCAAACCAAAACCAGAGCUUCACCUCAGGCUCCGGACCUACCAAGAACUGGAACAGGAGGUAAAUACCCUGAGGGCAGAUAACGAUGCUCUGAAGAUCCAGCUGAAGUAUGCACAGAAACAAAUAGAAUCCCUGCAGCUUGGCAAAAGCAAUCACGUCUUAGCACAGAUGGACCACGGUGAUGGUACUUAAUCCAGAAAUUCAAGGAACAGAUUCUGCAGAUGGGUUUACUGGGAUCUCACUUCAAAACUGAUUGCAGAGGUUCAGCAACUUUAGACUGAUUGACUUUUAAAGGGCAGAGAUAGCCACUGUUAUUGGUGUCCUUGGUUUUUUCCCUAACUGUCUUUAAUGUGAGUCGUGGGUUUUCAGUCAGUUGAGUCAAAGGGAAGAAAAGUUCCAGCAUGUAAAACACUGAGCAGUCAUAUUCUAACCUUUUCUUUCUUUUACUGAAACCAAUACCAAACAUGUGCUAAAAUAAGAGUAUAGUUUCCUGACAGUGUCUCAGGCAGCCUGCUUUACUGAUUCGCACUUAGAUAAAGAGCCCCUGGUGAAUCAAUUUGCUGCCUUCCCCAGGGUUUCUGCAAACUGGGAGUUACUUUGUUCUACCCGAAAACCUGCUCAUAAUGGAAACAAUACCCUAAAAGUGGUGACUUUGACAUGCCUGCAUUGUUUGUGAAGCUGAUCCCUACCUUAUUCACUACCUCAGAUCUCAAGAGCCUCUUUCCCUGUCCUUUACUUGCCCCCUAUUUCCUCCCUUGCUUGUAGGCACAUCAGCAUAUCUACCUAGAAGUGACCUCCUAGAGAUGUAGCCUGUGUUUAAAUCCAGAGCUUCUUAAUUGAACUUGACAUUGUCUGAUUGCAGGCCAACUUAUAGCUCUAGGUCUUAGUCAUUAUGAAAUACAAAAUAAAACUACCCAUAAUCAUCAAUUACCAUGUCAUACACAGAACUCAUUAUCGAAGUCAAACGACGUAAACAUGCCUGUCCAGAUAGUCUUUCUUUAGUGGAUAGAAUUAACAAUCUGUGACCUUUUAAAAGACAUGGUCUGUGAACAGUGUUUAGUUCUUCACGUUCUAGUCUCUCUCUCUCUCUCUCUCUCUCUCUCUCUCUCUCUCUCUCUCUCUCUCUCUCAAGUAAACUAUCGUAAGGUUCUCUUUUGAACUGAAUCUGUGCUUAAAAUUGUCUUCACUUUUAUUAUCUACAAAUAAGCUAUGGGAGGCGAUGGCUUUAACAGCUGACAGCAUUUACCUAUGUGUAGAAUAUGUGUAUAUAGUAUCAGGCAUGCAUGGA